UGUAUGUAGAUCCUAAUAACUCGCAUUGAUGCCUCCGGCCUAGUAUGUACUAGCCUUCUUUGGGCAUAAGAAGGCUUUGGAAUCCGGCCUUCUGAUGGAGGUCAAAAGGAUCAACAAGACCUUGGAGACGAAAGAACAUUAUCAGCUAAAUCAAGCCUUCUUGUUCCAAUCACAGCUCACUUCCCUUGUCAUAUUGCUAUUGAAAAUUUAGGGGGAAAUAUUAAGGCUAGCAUUCUAGCACUCUUUAUCGUCCUAUUAUAGCUACCCUACGAACGUCUGCCUUUGUCAAUUUCAGUCUUACAAUCACCAUGUCUUCUAACGAGAACAGAAAGGAAGAGUUCAUCUUUUCCGAUGAGGAAGACCGCCCAUACAUUGCACGCUCUUAUGUGAAUCCAGAAUUUCGUGUUGGAGAUAAAGUCUAUGUGCUGGGUUCUGAUAGAUCCCAGGAUGGUCCUUAUCUCGUGGAAUUGGUGAUCUCUGACAAGGAGUGUACCCUUAGCUUUGAAAACGGCCAGACUGCUAAGGAUGGCAAGGCAGUACAGAUGGCAAUACUUGAGAAGUGCUAUAUUGCAUGAGAAAUGGGGGGGGAUUAGGCUCUUCCAAUAGAAAACAGGC